ACUCGUAGCUUUUACAUACUCUGAAAAUAUGCAACCUCACUUCAAUUCCUUUCCCCAUCAAAUCCAGUCUAAUUCUUCCACUCCUCAGCUUCCUCACCAGGGUUUCAAUUCUAACAUGUUACAAAAUUCAAUGCCACUUCAACCUCAAAUGGGUAUUUUAAAUCCUCAAUUUCCGUUUAAUUUAGGUAAUGGGCAAGCCAUGCCCAUGCCCAUGCCCAAUAUGCAAGCACCAUUGAUGACUCAACCUAAUUUCAUGAAUGCUCAAAACCCUUUUGUUUUCUCACAAAAUAAUCAUCUGGGUAUGCCCCAAUUGCCGCCCAUGUCUCAACCACAACAUAAUUUGAAUAAUGUUCCCAUGUUUCCGGGUACUGGACAAAUGUUUGGUUGUAAUUUAUCAAAUUUGCCUCAACACCUUAGCCAAAACAUGGCUUUGCAAAACUUGAAUCAACUUGUGUCUAUGCAAAUGGCGAAUCCUGCCUUUUUGGGGAAUCCGCAGUUUGGUCUUGUGCAUAGUAAUGGUGUUGGGCAAAAUGUAAACCAAAACCGGCAAAAUUUGGUUCAGCCAGUAGUGGAUGCAAAUGGGUCGAUACCAUCGCCUUCAAGUAGAACACAGCAAAACCAGAACUCGCAGCCUUCUGUUUUUGCAAGGUCUCAGGGGAAUUCUAUUAGAAAUGGUCAGGGUAAUGCUUCAAAUAACAAUUGGAAAAAUGGUUCAGGGAAAAAUUUUGUAAGAAAUCCAAAAAGAGAGCACUCACGGGGGUUUCAGAAGUCUCAAUUACAUCAUGGGGAUGAUGCAAAGAGAAAAUAUGGGUUUCAUAAUAACCACAAAGCAAAAGGACAUCGCAAUGAGAUGACUGCAAAAUUUGGUCAGGCUAAUCAUUUGAACCAACCUAAGGAAAAGAAAAGGUAA